AAUUUAACACUUGCAUCUCUUUUAAUCAUCUCCUCCUUUAAUUUAAUCAUUUAACUGUUCAUUCAUCGACAAUCAAUUGUUCAUUUGAUUAGAAGACAUUGAUUAGUAAACAUAUCGAUAACUGUUUCAAAUCACAAUCAAACAAGUCUCUUAAUUUCAGCUAAUUGUUUGUGUACGACUGUGUGUGUUUCCAUUGGGUUUACUUUAAUUGUGAUUAACUUUACUCACCUUCCAUCAUGGGGUAUUUUAAGUUUAACUUAAUUUGCCUUCUAAUUGUGUUGACAAUCAAUUUAAAUUAUGCUGCUGAAGGAAAAGAUGAAAAAUUUCCCAAUUUCUAUGCAGCUCCAGCUAAUUUAGAGUUAAUUGCUAUGGACAGUCAACGAUCAACUAAUCAACAAUCAGGUAAACCAAAUAAUUCAUCUCCAUCAUCGAUUGAAAGUUCUGGUGAAUCAACGUUAGUUGCAUCAUCUCUUUCAGCGACAUCAUCAUCAUCCUCAAAAUCUUCAUCAAAAUCAUCCUCAUCUUCAGAAGAAGAUGAUUCCGGUGAGCCGAGAUUCUCAAUCGGCUUAGGAACUUUAGCUCCGUCUUAUUCACAGAAAUUUGGACUCGACGGUAACACAAGACUUGACUUCGAUCAUCAUAACAACGGAUUCUCAUACACUCUAACUAAUCAUCAUCACCCUCAACCAAAUAGUUUUUCAGAUUUAUCAAAGGAUGAAUUUUUUGGCCAACCAUCUAAUCAACAAUUCAGUCAAUCUGAACAUUCAUCGAAGCCCAAUAUCAAAAUCUAUUACAAUCAACGUUACCAUUCAAUACCUUCACCUCCUCCUCCAUCCUCACCUUUGUCAUCGACGGCUGAGAGUAAGAACUUUUUCUCGGCUUUACCACCUUCACCGAGGUCAUUUGAUUUCUCACCUUCAACCCGAUCAAAGUCAAAUAAGAUUCCAGAUGAAUCACGAUUCCGUGAAUUGGUUGAUAAAUACGCUCCAAAGGAGGAAGAAGAUAGUCUUGAAUCUUUCUUCAAGAAAGAUUUAACUCCCAAAGGCUCAUGGAAUUCAUUAUCUGAUAGACCUUCGUUUGAUCAUAUGCCACAUGAUAUGCCUGAUGAGAUGCCCGAACAUCAUCAACCUCAUCCUCAUCACCAUUAUGACUCCGAGCCUCAAACAUCAACACCACCACCCCUCAACAUCAUCCCCAACAUCAUUCCCAUCAUCAUCCUCAACAUCAUCCUCAAAACCAUCAAUCUCAUCACCAAUCUCACUCCCAUCCUCAUCCUCAUCCUCAUCACUCAGAACCAAGGUAUCGAUCUCAUUCAGCAUCAGAUUCUCCCCGUAAUGGUCGAUCCCAUAACCUUGAUAACCAUCAACAACAUCAUCCACAUCAUUCUCAUUCUCAUCCCCCUCCACCUCCACCACCUCCUCCGCCUCACCAUAACCAUCAUCACCAUUCAUCCCCCGAUCAUUCAGGUGAACCACCAAGAGAAAAGUAUUACGACGAUUCUCGUGGAGGAUACGAGGAAAGUCCCAGAAGUUCAAAUGAAUAUUCUGGCUUCAACCCACCAUCGCCAUACAUUGGAUCAGGAUCCGAUCUUGAAGACGAAGAUGUUCCCCAACACCACCAUCAUCGCCAUGAACCAACCAUCGGCUCAUCUGAUAUUUCCGGACCAAUUCAGUUCAAUAGUCAAAUCUCCCAUGGUUCGGAUGCUUUAAACUUCCAGAAAGAUAAUACAAUCAUCACAGGUUCACCUGGAGCACGAGGGUUCGAGUAUAUAAAUCGAAUAACAUCAAAUUCCCAUGAAGAAAUCGAUCCUUUCCAAUUCAACGCUGCUUCGUUCGAGCCCGUUGUUUUCAGUUCGAAUAUCGCUGAAAGAUUCGCUGGAUUCGAGGAUAAUCCACACCAUCACGGGUUCUCUACAUAUAUUGCAGGUCUACCAUUCGCACCUUAAUCUAUUAUCAAAGACAUCGUUCAUUUGCAUUUUCUUAAUCGUAAAAUGAUCAAUCAAGAAAUCGAUUACCAAUACUCCCUCCUCAAAGUGAGUAAUUUAAUUGUCAGUAAAAAUACUGCUUCAGUCUGCAAGAGUGCAAACAAUCAACAAAUCUUUUAACGAUCGACAACCAAAUCAAAUUAAUUAACUAGUGUUCGAUACCAAAGUGAUUUUAAUCUAAUUUAAAUGUUCAAAUAAUAACUAACUAAAUAUUACUUUAAACUUUUUUUUCCUAAUUUGUGUUAAUUGUUUUUAUCCUGUUUUCCAAUACAAAAUCAUCAACAUUAAAAGUGAUUUUUUUAAACAAA